CUGCGCCGCCGCCGCCGCCGCCGCGCCGAUCAUGUCCGCGGCCAAGGAGAACCCGUGCAGGAAAUUCCAGGCCAAUAUCUUCAACAAGAGCAAGUGUCAGAACUGCUUCAAACCCCGCGAGUCGCAUUUGCUCAACGACGAGGACUUGACGCAGGCAAAACCCAUUUAUGGUGGCUGGCUGCUCCUGGCUCCUGAUGGUACCGACUUUGACAAUCCAGUGCAUCGGUCUCGGAAAUGGCAGCGGCGGUUCUUCAUCCUCUAUGAGCAUGGCCUGUUGCGCUAUGCCCUGGAUGAGAUGCCCACAACCCUCCCUCAGGGUACCAUCAACAUGAACCAGUGCACGGAUGUGGUGGACGGGGAGGGCCGAACAGGCCAGAAGUUCUCCCUGUGCAUUCUGACCCCUGAGAAGGAGCAUUUCAUCCGGGCAGAGACCAAGGAGAUCAUCAGUGGAUGGCUGGAGAUGCUCAUGGUCUAUCCCAGGACCAAUAAGCAGAACCAGAAGAAGAAGCGGAAAGUGGAGCCUCCCACACCACAGGAACCGGGCCCAGCCAAAGUGGCUGUCACCAGCAGCAGUAGCAGCAGCAGCAGCAGCAUCCCCAGUGCAGAGAAGGUCCCCACCACCAAGUCUACACUCUGGCAGGAAGAAAUGAGAGCCAAAGACCAGCCAGAUGGGAGCAGCCUGAGUCCAGUUCAGAGUCCCAGCCAGAGCCAGCCUCCUGCUGCCAAUGCUCUUAGGGAACCUGUGCUGGAAAGUAAAGACGAAGAGACCACCAUGAGCAGUGACCGCAUGGACUGUGGCCGCAAAGUCCGAGUAGAAAGUGGUUACUUCUCCUUGGAGAAGACCAAACAGGAUCUGAAGGCCGAGGAGCAGCAGCUGCCCCCACCACUCUCCCCUCCCAGCCCCAGCACCCCUAACAACAGGUAUAGUGGCCCUGGACCAUCCUCCCAGGAACUUGGUCACCCUCUUCCUCCCCCAGGUCCUCGACCCUCCAGCCGAAUGGUCUGCAGCAUCUCUCUUGGCUCUUUGGACGUGGCCAACCACCAUCACACCAGCGUGGAUUCUGACAACACUGGGGGGCGGGGAGCAGAGACACUGGGGCACUCCUUUGCCUUUAAAGCCAGCAGGCAGUAUGCCGCCCUGGCCGAUGUCCCUAAGGCCAUCAGGAUCAGCCACCGAGAAGCCUUCCAGGUGGAGAGAAGGCGGCUGGAGCGUAGGACUCGGGCCCGGAGCCCUGGCAGGGAAGAGGUGGCCCGUCUGUUUGGCAACGAGAGGAGGAGGUCCCAAGUAAUUGAGAAAUUUGAGGCGUUGGACAUUGAGAAGGCAGAGCACAUGGAGACCAACUCAUCAGCUGGGCCCUCGCCAUCAAGUGACACACGCCAAGGCCGCAGUGAGAAGAGAGCGUUCCCCAGGAAGCGGGACCUCACCAGUGAAGUUCCCACAGCUCUACUCCCGGACACCUCUACUUCCCCCCUGUCUCCACACCGAAGAGCCAAGUCACUGGACAGGAGGUCCACGGAGUCCUCCCUGACGCCCGACCUGCUGAAUUUCAAGAAAGGCUGGCUGACCAAGCAGUAUGAAGAUGGCCAGUGGAAGAAGCACUGGUUUGUCCUUGCUGAUCAAAGCCUGAGAUACUACAGGGAUUCGGUGGCCGAGGAGGCAGCUGACUUGGACGGGGAAAUCGACUUGUCUACAUGUUAUGAUGUCACAGAGUAUCCAGUCCAGAGAAACUAUGGCUUUCAGAUACAUACAAAGGAAGGUGAGUUCACUCUUUCUGCUAUGACAUCUGGAAUUCGGCGGAACUGGAUCCAGACCAUCAUGAAGCAUGUUCACCCGACUUCUGCUCCAGAUGUGACGAGCUCAUUGCCAGAAGAGAAGAACCGGAGCAGCUCCUCCUUCGAUGCUUGCUCAAGGCCAAGUGAGAAGCAAGAGGCUGAACAUGGGGAGCCAGACCCCGAACAGAAGAGAAGCCGGGCUCGGGAGCGGCGGCGGGAAGGCCGCUCCAAGACCUUUGACUGGGCUGAGUUCCGCCCCAUCCAGCAAGCUCUGGCUCAGGAGCGGGCCAGCACCACUGGGUCCCCUGAUGCCCAUCCUGAGGCAGAGCCAGGUGAGCUGGAACGGGAGCGUGCACGGCGGCGGGAAGAAAGGCGCAAGCGCUUUGGAAUGUUGGACACCAUGGAUGCGCCGGGCCCUGAAGACAUGGCCCUGCGUAUGGAGGUAGACCGGAGCCCUGGGCUGCCCAUGACCCCUGAACUCAAGACACAGAAUGUCCAUGUGGAGAUUGAGCAGCGAUGGCAUCAGGUGGAGACCACCCCUCUCCGAGAAGAAAAGCAGGUGCCCAUCGCUCCCCUACACCUGCCCUCCUCUGAGGAUGGAAGUGACCGACUCUCCACUCAUGAGAUGACCUCUCUGUUGGAGAAGGAGUUGGAACAGAGCCAAAAGGAAGCCUCAGACCUUCUGGAACAGAACCGGCUCCUUCAGGACCAGCUGAGGGUGGCUCUGGGCCGGGAGCAGAGUGCCCGGGAGGGCUACGUGCUGCAGACUGAGGUGGCCACCUCCCCAUCCGGUGCCUGGCAGAGGCUCCAUAGAGUCAACCAAGAUCUCCAAAGUGAGCUGGAGGCCCAGUGCCAGCGCCAGGAGCUGAUCACGCAGCAGAUCCAGUCCCUGAAGCGUAGCUAUGGGGAGGCCAAGGACGCCAUCCGGCACCAUGAGGCUGAGAUCCAGAGCCUCCAGGCAAGACUCAGCAAUGCUGCUGCCGAGCUUGCCAUCAAGGAGCAGGCACUGGCUAAGCUCAAGGGCGACCUGAAGCUGGAGAAAGAAAAGGUCCGGGAGCAGCUAGAGGAGUGGCAGCACAGUGAGGCCACACUAAGCAGUCAGUUGCAGGCCAGCGAGCAGAAGCUCAAGAGUGCUGAGGCCCUGCUGCUGGGAAAGACGCAGGAGCUGCGCGACCUGGAGAUGCAGCAGGCACUGCAGAGGGACCGGCAGAAAGAGGUGCAGAGGCUGCAAGAACGCAUUGCCGACCUCAGCCAGCAGCUCAGCACCAGUGAGCAGGCCCAGAGGCUGAUGGAGGAGAAGCUGCAGCAGAACUAUGAGCUGCUGCUGGAGAGCUGCGAGAAGGAAAAGCAGGCGUUGCUGCAGAACCUGAAGGAGGUGGAGGACAAGGCCAGUGCCUACGAGGACCAGCUUCAGGACCAUGAGCAGCAGAUGGAGGUGCUCCAGAAGGAGAAGCUGAGUGCCAAGUUCGAGGGCAGUGAGGUGGUGCACCAGUUGGAGGAGCAACUGGAGAUGAAGGAGGCCAGCAUCCAGAAGCUGGCUGAGCAUGUGCAGAGCCUCAGAGAUGAGCGGGAUCAGAUUAGGCAGCGGUUCCAGGAGCUGGUGGAGCGUGUGGCUGUGUCUGAUGGAGACGUUGCUGCACUUCAGGAGAAACUGAGAGGAAGAGAAGCAGACUACCAGAACCUGGAGCACUCCUACAGGAGAGUGGCCAGCCAGCUCCAGAGCAUACAUGCCCUGCUGAAAGAGAAGGAAGAGGAGCUGAAACACAUCAAGGAAAUGCAUGAGAAAGUUCUAGAAAAGAAAGACCAGAACCUCAAUGAGGCUUUGGUUAAAAUGGUUGCUUUGGGGAAUAGCUUAGAGGAAACAGAAAUGAAGCUCCAGGCAAAGGAAGAGAUUUUAAAAAAGUUCACAAAGGAGUCUUUGGAGGACACGGAAGAGCCACGGAGUGCCUUGGAAGAAGCAGAGGGAGACAGUGUUGUGCUCUCAGACCCACAGCUCCACGCCACUGGCUUCCCACACUCGCGGCUUGAGGAUGAGAAUCCUAGGGCUGUGAUGGGGGAAGAAUGUGGUGAAGACAGUCCCAGGAGAGAAGAGAGCGCGGUGCCCCUGAAGUCUGAAGUGCCAGUACCAGAGGGGCAGCUGCAGAGCACAGCAAAACCUGAGCAAGGAACACCGGGUGUGAAAAGACAAAGAAUCCGGUUCUCCACAAUCCAGUGCCAAAAAUACACCCACCCUGACGGGUCUGAGAAGACCUGGACCAGCAGCACCUCUUCCGACACCAGUCAGGACCGGUCACCCUCUGAGGAAAGCAUGUCCUCAGAGGCCACCCCCAGCUCGCUCCCUGCAACCAGCGACUCUGACACCUACCUUUCCAUAAUACACUCCCUGGAGACCAAGCUCUACAUCACAGAAGAGAAGCUCAAAGAUGUGACAGUGAAGCUGGAGAGUCAGCAAGGCCAGAGCCAGGAGGCCCUGCUGGCAUUGCACCAGCAGUGGGCUGGCACCGAGGCACGACUCCGUGAGCAGCUCCGCGCCAGCCUGCUCCAGGUUGGAGCACUGGCCUCCCAGCUGGAGCAGGAAAGACAGGCCAGAGCAGAAAUAGUUGAGAAUCAUGUUGGAGAGCUCGGCAGCUUUCAGGUGAAAAACAGUCAGGCCCUGGCUUGCUUAGAAAACUGCCGAGAACAGCUACGGUCUCUGCCGGGAGCCAGCCAGGAGGCAGUGCAGGAUGCAGGCACAAGCCCCCUGACCAGCAUGGAGAGCAUGCUAAUCAGUGCCAUCCAGGCCCUGCGUCACCGGCCAGGUCCUGCAGAGAGUGGGUCCCAAGACCAGCUAGAUGGAGGGAGUUUCUUGGAAAAAGAGCAAUCACCUUCACAGCAGCCUGAACUCAUGGAGCAGGAGCAGCUGAAGCUCCUUUCUGAUCAAAUAGCCCUGGAAGCCUCACUGAUAAGCCAAAUAGCAGAUUCUUUAAAAAAUACUACAUCUGACAUCUCACAAGUUCUCCAUGAUAUUUCUCAGGCAGGAAAGUUGCCCCUGGAGUCUGAAGAUACAAUAGUUUGUCCUGGUACUCCAGCAGAUGCCUGGGCUAGAAAGGUGCUGGUGGAUGGUGAAUUCUGGAGCCAGGUUGAAUCCCUAAGUAAGCACCUGGGGACACUGGGAGGAGAUGCAACCGGAACAUCAAGAGGUGGGCAGCAGAGGCUCCCGCCAGCCCUGGCCCCUGCCCUAGCCGAUACUACAUGGGUCAGGGCAGAGCUCAGCUUUGCUGUGCAGUCGGUGAGGGAGUCUUUCCACCGGAGGUUGCAGAGUGUCCAGGAGACCCUCAAGGGGACCCAGGUGGCUCUGCAGCAGCACAAGCACAUGCUUGGGGAAAUCCUGGGAGCCUACCAAACCCCCGACUUUGAGAGAGUGAUGCAACAGGUCUCAGAAGCUCUCAAAUGUCCAGCUAGCAUUGAAGAUGGUGGGCAGGGACCCUGGGACGCGAGCCCAUUAAAAAUGCUAAGUCACCAAGACACAGCCAGCUCCCAGCCCUUCCACUUGUCUGCCCCGUGCUCUGGGCCCCUUGUUACUAUUCAGGAAGAACUUGCUCUGCAGCUUAAAGAUAAGGCCAACCUCUUAGGGGAGAUAUCUGCUGCUAUCAUCUCACUCCCACCUAUGGAAUCGGUAAAAGACUGUCAAAAGCUUCUCCAGGCCUCCCAGAAACUGUCCUAUAACACUUGUUUGGGAGGCCUCAGUCAGUAUUCUUCAUUAUUAGUUCAAGAUGCAAUUAUUCAGGCUCAAGUGUGUUAUGCAGCUUGCAAAAUUCGCCUUGAGUAUGAGAAGGAGCUCCAGUGCUACAAGGAAUCCUGGCAGAGCAGAGGGAUCGCCCCCAAGGAGCAAGAGCAGGCUGUGGGGGCCCUAAGAGAAGAGUAUGAGGAACUUCUUCGAAAGCAGAAAACUGAGUACCUGGAAGUGAUUGCCAUCAUUGAAAGGGAAAAUGCAGAGCUCAAGGCCAAGGUCACCCAGCUGGACCAUCAGCAGCGAUGUCUGGCAGAAGUGGAGAGCAAGCACAGUGAGAGCAUGUUUGCCCUACAAGGGAGGUAUGAGGAGGAGAUCAGGUGUGUAGUGGCACAGCUGAACAGAGCAGAGAACACACUGCAGGCCGAGCACAGCAGAGUCCUAAGCCAGCUGGAUGCCUCGGUCAGAGACAGGCAGGACCUGGAGAGGCACCAUGUGGAGCAGAUGCAAACCCUAGAGGACAAAUUCCAGCUCAAGAUCAAAGAACUGCAGACAAUACAUGAGGAAGAGCUUAGAACCUUGCAGGAGCACUACUCACAGAACCUGCAGUGCCUGCGGGAGGCCCUCCGCCGCUACCAGCAGCAGCCCCUCGAGGCGCUGCAGGCCCCGGGCCCUCCCAGCAGCCCCCACCAGCCCCCCUCCAGCUGGCCAGCUGACCAUCCCAGGGCUGUCCUGCAGGCCGCCAGCAGGGAGGCUGACUCUAUGAUGGGGCUGAGAGAGCGCAUCCAGGAGCUGGAGGCCCAGAUGGACGUCAUGCGGGAGGAGCUGGAACACAAGGACCUUGAGGGCAAUGCUGCUUCGCUGCGGGAGAAAUACCAGAAAGACUUUGAGAACCUCAAGGCCACCUGUGAGCGAGGGUUUGCAGCAAUGGAAGAAACACACCAGAAGAAGAUUGAAGACCUGCAGAGGCAGCACCAGCGGGAACUGGAGAAGCUGCGAGAGGAAAAGGACCGGCUCCUGGCAGAAGAGACUGCGGCCACAAUUUCAGCCAUUGAAGCCAUGAAAAAUGCCCACCGGGAGGAGAUGGAGCGGGAGCUGGAAAAGAGCCAGCGGUCCCAGAUCAGCAGCAUCAACUCUGACAUCGAGGCUCUAAGGCGGCAGUACCUGGAGGAGCUGCAGUCGGUGCAGCGGGAGCUGGAGGUGCUGUCGGAGCAGUACUCGCAGAAGUGCCUGGAGAACGCCCACCUGGCCCAGGCGCUGGAGGCCGAGCGGCAGGCCCUGCGGCAGUGCCAGCGCGAGAACCAGGAGCUCAACGCCCACAACCAGGAGCUGAACAACCGCCUGGCUGCAGAAAUUUCACGGUUACGUACACUGCUGACUGGGGAUGCCAGUGGGGAGGCUGCCGGCUCGCCACUCACACAGGGCAAGGAUGCCUACGAGUUAGAGGUGUUAUUGCGGGUCAAGGAAUCAGAGAUCCAGUACCUGAAGCAGGAGAUCAGUUCUCUCAAGGAUGAACUACAGACAGCAUUGCGGGACAAGAAGUACGCUAGUGACAAGUACAAAGAUAUCUACACAGAGCUCAGCAUCGUGAAGGCCAAGGCCGACUGUGAUAUCAGCAGGUUGAAAGAGCAGCUGAAAGCAGCCACAGAAGCACUGGGUGAAAAAUCACCUGAAAACACCCCUGUGUCAGGAUACGAUAUAAUGAAAUCUAAAAGCAACCCUGACUUCCUGAAGAAAGACAGAUCCUGCGUCAGCCGGCAACUGAGAAACAUCAGGUCCAAGAGUCUGAAGGAAGGCCUGACCGUGCAGGAACGCUUGAAGCUCUUUGAAUCCAGGGACUUGAAGAAAGACUAGCAGUGCCCAUUCGACCUGAACACAGCCUGCCCUGCUGGCGGCAGCACAACCCAAGCGCUGUUUCUUGUCUGUACCUUUAUUUUUUAUUAUUAUUAUUAUUAUUGCUAUUAUUGUCAUCAUUAACUGUGGGUAUGGAUGCAUGAGAGAGACUGGUUUAUGGGUUGUUCACACUGUUUCCCGCCAUGUUGACUCCAACCUCCUUCGUCUUUAUCAAAGCUUUUUUUACACAGAAUUCUAAAACUAGCCAGGAGUGGGGCCGGGAGAGCCUCCCGCCGCACGUGCGUUAGCCCGCUCCGUGCUGCCGCCCCGCACUCACGGUCAGUAUUAAGGCCCAGCAGCCUGGAUAAGCUAGCGCUGUCUGCGUGGAAUCAGGCCUAAGGCUCGGCGCUGCUGCACGUAGUGGAGGCUCGUCCAGGGUGGUGUGGAGAAGAGGACGAGCCGUCAGGAUGGGGUUUGCCGGUUCCAGCACUGACACCCACAGGCCGGGAGCAGUCAGAGAGCAGGACGAGGGGCAUGGUUACCACCUUGACCUGCCACUUCUGGCUUGGAAGGAAAACAGCAUUUUUUGUAUUUGUUCCACUAAUGCAGCUUAGAACCACACCCCAGGUAAUCAUGGUAAACCUUUCACAACCUGAAAAAUGUUGAAAGCAGCCAUUCCUAUUUUUGUUUGUUUUUUAUUAAAUCUUGCACAAAACCCCCGGCCCUCUCAUUCCUUCCUACGUUCGCUCCUUUCUUGGUCACCAGAAACCCCAUCUCUUCAUAACUGCUUAGAUUGCUGACCGGUGGCCUGGGGUUUCAGACUGGAUUACAAAGGAUGAAUUACCUUCCAGAAUCACUAGAAAAGAUAACAAGGCUUUAACCUUUCUAAAAGAAACCUUCCCAUUGCUUUUGAAAAGGUUGAGAGGAGACCCCUAUGUUAAGUCCAGGAGAAAGUGCAGAGGAUGUCGAAUCAGACGAAAUGUGCCCGGGACCAGAUGUUAAGUCUGACUGCGCUGAGCUGACAGGUUCUCCCGCAGUGCUCAAAGAGCGUAACAACCCAUAGUAACAACUUCUGCUUUUACUAACAGUUUGACUGGGGCCACUUUCAAGGGCUCAAAACCACCUACGGCACUUAAGUCUUAGUUGAGGUUCCUAGUAUGGUCCCAUGAAAACAUACAGGGAAGACAAGGUGUAUAAACCACCCCAGCCAGGCGGGACCCAGCCCUGCUCGUGGCUGGCGGUGCUGGAGGUGGAAGGUUGGGGAGGAUGCUGGGAGGAACUCCUCCCCGCCUGCCUGCCCCGUCCAUUAGCACGGUCACUGGAUUGCCAAGAGCACGUUAGUCUGACAGUCUGUGGGCACGUGAGUACUUGGGGGUAAACUGCAGGUCCUCUGGCUCAGUUUCUAGGUUAAGUUAAUGAAGAAGGUGGUGGAAGUGCCGUGAGGGUGAGACCCGCUGCUGCCAGGCUGCGUCCCACACGGCUGAGUGGAGGUGCCGUCACUCUGCCAGCCUCGCUCUCUGCUGCUAUCACAAGCUUCUAAGAGUUAACUCACACUUAGCACGCCACUGCUACUGGUCUUCCAUGCUCAUAAGAACAGUAUUAGUUAUUCUUUAAAUUCUACUUAUCAGCCACCCUGCCGUUACACUGGUACACAGAUCCCAAGCUUUCUGUGUCAGGCCCGGGGAGUGUACAGAAGGACCCUGUAGGGUGUGCGGUUUCCAGAAUGCUGUGGCAGCUGGUGUGUCCUGGGGGGCGGCAGGGCACCGUGCUCAGCAGGAUCUGACAGGAUGGGGCAUUGCUUUCUGGUAGCAAGCAGGCUCUCUGGGCGCUGAACUCACGUCCUGUUCCUCUGUGACUGCCCCACCUCCGGCACUCCCAGUCAGGCCCCCUCUGCCUUUAAAACACUCAGUGCUUUUGAAUGGGGGUGAGGAGGGGGAGAACCUGCUGUCACUUAGGCCUCCGUAAAGGCCCUUUCAGUUGGAGGCAACAGGACUCCCUCUCCUGGGGCUGGUUCAAUCUGGGUGUUACUGGGAAAUGGACUUGGAAUGUUUAAGCCAGUCAGGAAAUGGGGGCGCUGUGACUCCUCUCUAACAAAGGCAGCACCUACUGCCCACUCCCCGUCCCCCAAAAAUAAAAGCCUUGAGCCUGUCCUGGCCUUUCUGAUUGUUCUCACACAGUGAUGACUACUGCCUGGCUCAGAACCAGGUCUGAGCUUCCUGCUGAUGAGUCCCGGCCUCGGCCAGCGUGAGUGGGACAGAGUCAAGUCUCCACCUCCCACCCUUGUCCACCACAGCCGCCCUGAGUAGCCGUCAGUGUCCCCUGCACUGGCACCCGAGCCCUGAGAAGGAAUUUAGCCAUCAAAUUGCAGAAAGAAGAAAAUAAAGAUAUCGAGCUGGUUUCUGCGUCGGCAGGGAGCCCGUCAGGGCUCGGCCAUGGACGGGCUGAAGUAGGUGACUGGCCUGGGGAGCCCCCCGCCUCCCAGUGAGAGAUGUUAACAGGGGUGGACUUUCACAGUUGUAAUUAAUUGCCUGUAAAUAUUUAUACUGCACAUGUAAUCUGUUAUAACCUGCAAGGAACCUAUUAAUGGGAUAAAAACUAAACACUUUGACUUGG